UGAGAUCUCGCAUAACGGAGUAUGCGAAAUAGGAAUGUUUGAGCACAGCGCUCCUGUGGAACGCGACACGCGGGGCUGGUGCUCUCUGCCGUGGGUGUGCCUUCGCCGUUGUCACUCGGCGCUCCCCAGCGGUGUGUCCCGCCGUGCCGGGGCCUGGCAUCCGCACGCUUGGGGUGUCGCACGGCUGCGUUUCUCCAGGGAUCACUUGGUGUUCUGUGACGGAUUUUGCACCUGUAGAAACAAAACUAUGGCCAUUUAUGCCAGAUCUUUCCUCUACCCUACGGCUGCAGUUGAUAGCUGGCCGUGCCGAGUUCCGAGAAGAAGGCAAGGUCCCGCACAGUCUGUGUGGAACGAGCGGCCUGCAAUAGAAAACCAGCUGAAGAUCUGUGGCUAUAAGAACAAUGUGGAUGUUGUAGCACUGUAUCUGGCUAGACAAGGACUAAGAAGUAUCCCAAGUCUAGCACAGUUUCGCAGAUUAAGGUAUUUGUGGAUUAACAACAAUAAGAUCCAAGAUUUAACCUUCUUGACCAAAAACUAUUACUUGACUGAACUCUAUCUCAACAAUAAUGAGCUGACAGAUAUAUCAGGUGCUCUGAAACACUUAUGUUCAUUACAGAUUCUGUUUCUUCACAACAAUGAGUUAAGAAAACUUGGCAAAACAGUGAAGGAAUUGAAAGAAAUGAUAAGCUUGCAAACUCUAAACCUAUUCCAAAACCCUCUGGCAUAUGAUCCAGACUACCGGCUUUAUGUGAUAUACUUCCUUCCUUCAGUCCAGCUCCUUGACAGGAAGUUGGUUACACAAAGAGAAAGGGAGUCAGCGCUUCACCUCUAUAACCCUAAAAGGGCUUGGGUCAUGCAGUCAAUAGCUUUUGGGAAGAGAGCAGAUACAUCCCUGGGGACAACAGUGGGAUCUAGCAGAUGCACUCAACCAGCCAGAAGACCAAUAAUUCCCUCAGGUCAUGAAUUCGGAAAUAGCACAAAUAAGUAUGUCAUCAUGACUGCCACUUUCACUGUGGACUGGAACAAAGUAGCCACUUGUCAAGAAAGGCGGCUUAAAAACAAAGCAGAGGAGCCCCCUGAGAAGCUGACAGUCCAGUUUAGAUGAGAAAAAAAACAAUUUCUCUCUCUAAUGUUAACCCCACAAGUAGGUUAACAGCUCAAAAAAACAAGUACAUAACAACAUACAUCUAAUUAAGUUAGUAUAAGAUUUCUUUUAUCAUAUGUAGUAUGGAGAGUGAAGAAAUUAACAUAUAAUAAGUACUGGCAAUGUUAUAAUAAAAGUUGCUUGAGAUGCAAUUCUUACCAUACUUUUGUUACCUGAAAGUACUGAACUGCACACUAAUUUUUAUGAAACUAAGGAUAAAUACUUUUAUUUCUUAAAAUAGAUUUCCUCACAUAUUUCUCCUUCCCUUCUGUCAAGGCUUAAAGUCAGUGAUGCUUUCUAAACAUAUCAAAGCUUUUCUUUCAGGUUGUAGUUUGUCUUCUGAGUUCCUUGUCUCCUAAGUUAGCAUAGAACCACAGGACAGUCUAUGUUGGCAGGGAUCUCUGGAGUUUAUCUAGUCCGACCUUCCUGCUGGAAGCAGGUCAGAGAUGAGGUUUUCCAGUGGCCUGUCAGGGAGAAUUCAAAGAUCUCCAAUGAGCAGGGUACCACCACUGGGA